UAGCAUUAUCAUUAUCAUUAGCAAUAGUACCAAUUUUGAACGCAUUAUUCAUAAAUUAGAAAAUAUGUCAGAUUCAUGCAGCAAACCAGCUAACACAGCUAUGUGUAACAGGCUCACAAUAAGUACACAUUUUGUAAGUGAAAUAUUUCGGAAUUGAGGUGGAUUCAACCUUUUUCUCAGCAGGGUUCCUGCCCCUUCUAAAUCUACAUUCCCCAACCUUCAAAAUCCGUCCCUUAACUCCAACUCGUUCCACGUUGAAUGAAAGUACCAUCGUUUGGAAAAGGAACUAAUGUUGGUUCUAUAUAUCUGACCCUGACAUCGUUCCACCACAAUAUUGAAAUACACAAAUCUGUAUAUCCCGGCUGUGUAUAUCAAUACGGAUAAAUAAUAACACGCAUUCGUUCUCUAACAACCUUUCCGUCUUUCAGUCUGAUUUUGACGAGCAAAGCAAAUCUACAGCUUGGAUUAGGAUUUUACAUCAGGAAAUAACCAAGAAGUUUCCUGAGAUGGAUUUGGCUCAACACAAGGACCGUAUUUCUACCCACCUGGCCCUCUCGUUACCUGAGAUUCUACGCGAGAUAAUGUCCUUCAUCCCUACCAACCAUCUCGUCAACGAAGUGACAUUUGUUUCCAGCCGAUGGGAAGCAGCCGCCAGAGAGCAAAUCGUUUCUCGAAAACGCGUCAUACUCACUCCAGAGAACAUGGCCGCCUACCUGGACGUCAGCAAUGUCCAAACCAAGCGCUACAAACGUGUAACUUUGACAGGUUUUAAUUUCGAAAAUCUUAACUUCCAAGAGAUCUCAGUUUUACAAAAUUUCUCAAUUAACGUCUCCGCUGCAAUUACAGAGUUAAAGCUGGAUUACUUCCCCCAAGUAUCUAUUUGCUCACACAUUUUGACAUUAUUGACGAAUUGCCCUAAUUUAACUUGUCUGCGUUUCUUUCCUAAGUUUUUCGUUCAAUAUGAAACGAAAUCUUUGGAAACCACAAGUUCCACAAAUGCUCUCACCUUUCCCAAAGUUGUGAAGCUCGAAAUCGACUUGAUGUUCUCAAACCGAGGCGAAUUAGUUUCAAUCCCCGACCAGAGAAUUUUCCUUCGAAGUGUUGCACUAUUCCCGAACCUUAAAAUUUUACAAUGUGGAACCCUUCCGAAAAAAAUGGUGGACUAUUUUCUCUCAAAAAAUCGCAUGUCGAUCUACGCAAUCUCACUCCGAUUAGACAAAUUAACUACUCUUAAGAUACUAAGGCCAUCCAUUUCUCUGACCUGUAUAGAGUUGAACGUCGAUAUUUUUAAUAACUCCACCGAUCAUGAUGUAAUUCUUGCUACGUUUGCAGAUAAACUUGAAAGACUAAAAAUUAACUCUGUUUGUAACGUUACCCGGAAUUGUCAUGAUUUACAGAGAAUUUCAGAAAUUCAGCUGCCCGAGACUUUACCAAAAUUAAAAUCUUUCAAAAUUUGCAUAUCCCCAAAUUAUAUGAACUAUUUUGCCACCCCAGAGGUAAUAGUUCCCGUGUUAAAUUUAAAAUUUACCAGAACAGAUUAUCCAUAUUCCACGCAAUUUCCCACGUUGGAAAAAUUAGUGAUUUCGAAACUAUGGAAAGAUGAGAUAUUUUGUAAUGCUAAGAGGCUCAGAGAGGACAUAUUGUUUGGAAUUUGUGCAGGAGUUUUAUAUAAAUAUUUCCUGCAUGGAUGAUGCCUUACAGUGGUAGAUCUUCGUGUCCCAUUACCUCCCGAGAUCAUGGGGACACUUUACUUGCUCAAAAAGUGCCCGUGUUCAACAAAUUCUCGUGAGAACUUAGUUCCUGAAGUGUUAGAUUGCUCUGACAAAAGAAUUGUGACCACGUUUACAAAUUUAAAUCCAAGGUGGGAAAUAUUUGAUGGAUUGGACCCUUAUGAGAACAUAAGUGUUGAUGAUUCUCGGAAUGCGAGAGUGUGUAGUAGGAUGUAAGAAGCGUGUGAUUUGGGUGUAUUAAAUCUAAAUGAUUGAAAAGUGUGGUGGUUUGUGCCAGAGUAUUUUGUGUUGAAUUAUUAAUCAAUACUAUAUACAAUAAUUAUUCGUGAAUAUCCCAAAUUUUUUAUAUCGACUUCAUCCAUGUUAGUAGUUAAUUUUAUAAAAUUUUAUGAAGUUUUUUAGGUUUGUUUAAUCUUAAUUAAUGUAAUUAAUGUGCAUGUAAUUAAUUAACUCCACAUACUUACAUAAUUAUUUACUUGAUAAUAAUCGAUUGUACAUAUAUAUUUCAUUACAACUAAUAUCUGUAUUUAAGUAUAUGUAGUGUGGUUCCGUGGUUGGCGACACGGGCAAGAAUGAUUGAAAUAAUUAAUAUCUUUGCAUAUAAAUAAUAAAAUAAUAAUAAGUUAAAUAAAUGCGUGUAAAGUAAACAUAUCGGAAGUAAGAAUUUAUCCGAAAAUUUUGUAUUGGUAAUUGCGUGAAUUUUGAAUGUUGCCAAUGCUUGAUUGCACCCUGUGAUAGAUAGCUAGAUAAUAGGCUCGUGGGUAUUAAUUCAUCGAAUGCAAAUAUUUAAGUUACAUAAUUUGAGUAAAAUGAAGUUUUACUUAAAUAACAAAUACAUAAAAAAAUUUAGCGUAAUAUUAUGUAAAUUUGCAUAUCUGCAGAUUUAUCUCUCCUACAUAAAGACACAUUGAAUGGUAAGUUGACGCUUUCAACGUAGCAAGGUGCGUCAGGACAGAUACGAGUUUUCGACAUGUACAGGUGGACAAAAAAGAAAAUCUAAAAAUUAAAGGUAUCUAAAAAUAUAUAAAGAUAGCAUCCUAAUUUUCUUUUCCAUUCUAUCGGAUAAACAUGGUGUUUCCAGGAGUUUAAAAAAAUUGAGUAGUCUCAAUAGGCAGAUGUUUCUCACCGGUUUUCUCUCAACCAGGACUAAAAAGUAACUAUCCAGUUAGUUUUUUAACUUUAAAAUUAAACUUUGCCGAUUUUUAGAUUCCGUAAGACCUUUAUUUCGAAAAACACAUCACAAACAUAGCUUACACGAUGCUCCCUUUCGUGGCGCCACGGCCAUCAUUGCGAUCUCCAUCCCCAUACCGGGCAGUGGGCACGAUCUCCGAAGGGUUGUAAGCAUUCAGCCCCUUUUCCCUCUUCCCGCCUCCGAUUGGAGGAAGUGGACGUGGUCGUGGGAAAUUGCGACGUUCUCAGCAAGACUGGGACGCCGACCAACUUUCCCGAGAGACCCCCACAUUUCUGCGUCGAACUGGAAAUUCUGGACAACCUAAAACCUCCAAGUGUAUUUAGCAAAAACCCGCAAGCAAGGACGUGUCCAAUGUACGACGGGCAACGGGAAGUUGAACGGGCAGCGAAUCCUAGAUCUGAAAGGAACUCGAGUUCUCCGUGACCAGUACUUUGUGAGAUUUGGAGCAUUAAACCCGAUCCGGAGGGAAGCGUGAAGUAUGCUUGGGCGGGAAAUAUCAAAUUUCGUAAAAUGAUUGAUGGUAAACCGUUCGUCGUGGUGGAGUAUUUUCGUCCAAAUAAGGGGGCUUCGAGUUAAUGCAACGACAAUAAGGAAGGCAUUGAUUUUUUUCAUUUUGGGAUCUUCCACUUAAUGGAAAUUUUGUAGAAUAAAUGAAGUUUUUGUCUGAUAAUAAUAAACUAUUUUUAAUAUUUUCCUUCAACAAAAACAAAAAGAACUUAUUCUAAAAUAUCCCCAGAUAAAAAUUAGUACACGUUCCCUCACCGCUCUGCAAUCGUGAAAAUGUGGGGUUUGGAAAUUAACACCUCCGUUUUAACGUCUUAAAUUUUGUUUUAAAGAAAGAGCUCCUCAUCCUACAUAUUUAUAUAUAAAAGUUUAACUUGCUACCCAACCACUUUGUAUAUUUUUAGUCUUUCUGUAGCCAGUAAAAAAAAUUAUUAGUCCUUUAUUUAAGUCUCUCACCCGAACCCUAAACAUGCAAUAUCUAAAUCUAAAUUCUAUACAAUGUGCCCGACUAGAAUUGGGAAACCAAAUGUUUGAAGCGCAGGGACAAAAACAAAAACAGUGCAUUUGUGGGUAACUAACUAUUUAGUAAGUGCAUUUACAAAUUUGAGUGCUCAUUCCCUUCCCCGACCCCAACUUUGUAACACGUAAAAAUAAAAGUUGCUCAAAAAAAGGUUAAAAACAUUAAAGGCAAAGUUUUUAAUAACAACAUAAAACAACACUAAAUAAUGUUUUACACCACCUUAGUCUCUACAUUUCUCUUGAUUCUGCCCCAUUUGUUGCGAACCGAAGGGAGGCGUGCGCUUUGGUUGGAACGGAAAACCACUUACAACUGCGCCCCUUGGCGCGAAAUUCGACAAGACGCUCCGAAUUAUGAGCAACUUCCGGUCACGGGAUUGCAGGGGACCUAUCUGGAAAUGGGCUGGAGACCUGUGCACCUCGAAUUUACGGCGGCCCUGGUCCGGAUAAAUGACACUUUUGGGCCUCUCUUCCCCGAUUGCAUUAUCUCCACGACGGACUGGGUUUAUACAGAGAUUCACACGGCAAAGUAUAAAUUUCCCGCAAAGCGGGCGUGGUCCCCAGGUGAGCGCCCGCAGUACGGGGUCGUGAAUGUGUCCGCGGUGCAUUGGUUGGUGAAUGAGGAGGGGCAACAUGCCACGUUCUUUGAGACCAACAUCACCGUGACCAAGAAUGCCACCUUCCCUCACACAAUGGCAACCCUCACCACCGCCACCCCGGGACCGGGCACGAUCUGCAAAGUGUUCCAUGCACCCUUUUUCGACCUGUUCUACCCCCUCGAUCUGGGUGAACUGGACGCGGGUCGUGGUAAAUUGCGAGAUACUCGUCAAGGCCGGGGCGCCCACAAUUUUACUGAGGGGCCACCUCAUUUCUGCGCCGAGCUGGUAACCCUGGACCGGAUCAGUCCUCAAAGUGUGUUUGAUAAAGCGCCGCGGAGCCACGUGUGCGAGAUGUACCAUCCUCCAGUGGAAAUUGAGUGGGGCGCGGAACUUGACGGCCAUCCAAGUACCCAGUGGCCCGUACUUUGUGAGGUUUUGGGCAAUGCGGUAGAUCCCCCCGAGGAGGGAAGCGUGGGGGUGGAGUAUGCGCUGGCGGGAAAUAUAAAAUUUCGUAAAAUGAUAGGUAACAAAGCGUUCGUCGUGGUGGAGCAUUUUAGUCCAAGGGGGCUUCGUGUGAAGAAAACGAUAGGGAUGAAAGGAUAGAUUUUUGAGUUUUUUUGGGGCGUGUUCAAGUUUGUGGAAACUAUGAAAGAAUAAAUACAGUUUUUGUUUAAUAUUAAUAAUACAUAAUAUUUUUGAAAUAAUAAUUUAUUCAUAAAAUAAGUAAAACAAUAUUUUAAUGGAUGUUAUGCAUUACAUGAUAGGUCGAGCAGUAAAUUUGGAU